CCGCCCUAGCAACAGGCUGCAGAGAUAAAUAACAUCCGUCCUGUCCUUAUCAGCAUCAGCUGGUCCUGUUCUGAAGAAGGACAGUUUUGAAGUGGGCUUUCUUUCUUAUCCAAAAUGGACAAUUUGCAAACAGGAGAUGCGCGGUAUCUGAAAAGGAGAGUAAAGGGCUGCACACUUGAUGUCCACCCCACUGAGAGAGCCCUUGUAGUUCAGUAUGAGGUGGAGGCAACUGUCCUGGGAGAGCAGGGGAACCCAAUGGUUGGGGAACGCAAAGAGUGUCAAAAAAUUAUUCGCCUGAAAAGCCUGAACGCCCACACAGAUACGUCCUCUUUGGCCCGGAAAGUCGUGGAGGAAUGUCGGCUGAUUCACCCAUCCAAACUCAGCGAGGUGGAGCAGCUGCUCUUCUAUUUGCAAAAUCGCAAACAGUCAAAUGACAACCAAGAGAAGAAACGCAUCUCACCUCGAGACUUCACACCCUAUGCAGGAGUGGAGCUGGACGAGGAGGCGAGCAUCAGCAGCAUCGAUGAGUAUGUGGAGCUGCUGUAUGAGGACAUCCAGGAGAAGAUCAGAGGAGCCACACUCAUCUUCCAACUGGCUCGUAACCCGGACAACCUGGAGGAGCUCGUACAGAAUGAGACGGCCCUUGGAGCCCUGGCCAGAGUUUUGAGGGAGGACUGGAAGCAGAGUGUGGAUCUGGCAACUACCAUCAUCUGUAUCUUCUUCUGCUUCUCCAGUUUCUCCCAGUUCCAUGGCCUGGUCACACAUUUCAAAAUUGGGGCCCUGUGUAUGAAUAUCAUUGAGCAUGAGCUGAAGAGGUAUGACCUCUGGCAAGACGAACUACAGAAGAAGAAGAAGGCCUAUGAAGAAUUCCCUGAGAAUCAAAAUUUGAAGAAAGAACACGAGAAGUCUUUCAGAAAGUACCAGAGCCUUCUGACCAAACAGGAGCAGCUUCUGAGAGUUGCUCUGUGUCUGCUGCUGAACCUGGCUGAAGACACGCGCACAGAGCUGAAGAUGAGGAACAAAAACAUCGUCCACAUGCUGGUAAAGAUCCUGGACAGGGAGGAUGAGGAGCUGCUGCUGGUGGUCGUCUCCUUCCUCAAGAAGCUGUCAAUCUUCUUGGAGAACAAGAAUGACAUGGCUGAAACAUUUGCCGUGGAGAAGCUGGCUCGGCUGGUUCCCUGCGAGCACGAGGAGCUCCUGAGCACCAACUUGCGCCUCCUGCUCAACCUCUCCUUUGACACAAUGCUGCGCAGCCAGAUGGUCCAGGCAGGACUCAUUCCUAAAGUCUCCUCAUUGCUUGCUGACGAGGGCCAGAGACAGCUCAGCAUGUGCAUUCUGUACCACAUCAGCAUGGACGACAGAUUCAAGUCCAUGUUUGCCGACACAGACUGCAUACCGCAGCUGAUGAAGAUGGUGUUUGAGUGCAGGGAGGAGAAGAUGGACGUUGAGCUCAUCUCACUCUGCAUCAACCUGGCUGCUAACAAGAGUAAUGCAAAGGUCAUCUGUGAAGGUAACGGACUGAAGAUGCUAAUGAAGCGUGCUUUGAAGUUGAAGGAUGUUCUGGUGAUGAAGAUGAUCAGAAAUCUUUCUCAGCACAGUGGACCCACUAAGGGCCUCUUUCUGGACCACGUCGGCGACCUGGCAGCUCAGAUCAACGAGGAGGAGGCUGAAGAGUUUGUGAUCGAAUGUCUUGGCACGCUGGCCAAUCUCACCAUCCCUGACCUGGACUGGGCGCUGGUGCUUAAGGAGUACAACCUGGUGCCCUACCUGAAAAACCGACUCAAACCAGGUUCUGCUGAGGAUGACCUCAUUCUGGAGGUGGUGAUCAUGAUCGGCACCGUGUCUAUGGAUGACUCUUGUGCAGCCAUGUUGGCCAAGUCUGGUAUCAUUCCUGCUCUUAUCGAGCUGCUCAAUGCCCAACAAGAGGAUGAUGAGUUUGUGUGUCAGAUUGUCUACGUCUUCUACCAGAUGGUCUUUCACAAAGCUACCAGGGACGUCAUCGUCAAAGACACACAAGCCCCUGCGUACCUCAUCGACCUGAUGCAUGAUAACAACGCAGAGAUUCGCAAAGUCUGUGACAACACGCUGGAUAUCAUCGCUGAAUAUGACGAGGAGUGGGGAAAAAAGAUCCAGAAUGAGAAGUUCCGCUGGUACAAUGGUCAGUGGCUGGAGAUGGUGGAGAACCGUCUGAUGGAUGAAGCAGAAGAGCCCUUCCUGUACGGGGAGGAUGGGGAAUCCUUCAUCGGGGACGGAGACAUCCUGGAGAGACCCGACCUGUUCUACAGCGCUGAUGGGAUCAUGUCAGCAGACGGUGCCAUCAGUCCUGAUUUCUUCACUGACUUCCAGAAUGGGGAGCUGGGACAAACUGGAUACAUGAGCAGUGUGUCAGAGCAGUUUGUCCCAGCAGAGCGACCCGUCAGCGCCUAUGGCUUCCGCCCGGAUGAACCAUUUUUCUACAACUACAACAAUGCCUCCCGGUAAACUUGGAACCUCUCACACAUUGAUACUGUACAAGCAUUGUGUUGUCGCUGAUGUCCACUCUGUACUACUGAAGCUGACUUUAGAUUGUGGAGGAACACUGUCUUUUCUUUAUGCAUCUCCCAGCACUCUACAAAUUGUCUAAUCAUCAUCUUAAUCAGGAAUUGCACAGGGACCAAGUGGAAACAUCUCACACAUAAAUUCCUUAAGACUCCAAGUGAAAGUAUGUGACUUAUUAAUAUAGAAGUUUAUGUAGUUCUUCAAACUAUAAACCUUACAAAUCUAUAGAUAUUAGGGUUAGUCGCAGAUUUCAUUUUUUCAACUACAAAAUUGUAUAUAUCAUUUAAAAGUUCACUUUGCUGAAGUGAUUCAAGAACAUAUGCUGUGUAACAAAGCUUUGUAUUUUUCUGUUUUGUGAUAAACUAGGCAGCCGUAGAUUUAACACUGAAGUGCACUCAGAUUUUACUGUUUUUAAUUUCCAGUUUCACACUACAAAAAUUUUUUUUUUUUUUUACCAGCCUACCUAAAGUGAUCAAUCAUAAAUACUAUUUCAGGCAAAAGAGCACAGCAAAAUGGAUGAGUGUGUUUUGAAAGAUCAGUCUGAUGUUAUUCUGUAUUGGUUAUUGUCAACAAGUCUAAUGUUCAGACUGAGAUCAACAUGUUAGUCUGUCUCUCUCAGUACUUAAUGACUUUCUGUCUGUGGCUCUCAGCGCCAAGCCCAUUGGUUCCUGCUGAAAAUGUGAAUCUUUAAAAACACAAGUAUAUAGUUUUAAUCUUUUAAUAGUUUCUAAACAACAGUGGAGCUCUAUGACACAGAGGAAGAAGGUCUAUCAGGCUGUGAUACACAACACUUGUUAAUAGAUGUGUUAACUGUUUGUUUGGCUCUGCACAUGGGACAACCUCUAUAAUAUCACCAGACUUAUCUUUUAACAAAGAUAAUAUUUUAAAGACUGUAAACCAGCCCAGGUCACUGGCUGAAGUAGUUGUCAUUGGUCCCAAUAUUUGUCACUUGUGACACCUCGUCACAGGUAAUUGUCUUCAACCUUUUUCUUUCUCAGAUUAUUCGAUUUGAAGGAUUUUUCGAGACAUAAAAGGUGGAAGUAUCAAGCAUUUAAAAAGAAAAAAAAAGAAAAAAUGAGAGAAAACACCUUUUAUCUUUUCCCUUUAAUUAUUAUGUGACCUCUCAGAUCAAUCUUGGGUCCCUGAGUGGGGCUCCCACCCACAGGUUGGGAAGCACUGAGUUAUGCAUUAAAUAUGCAGUUGGAUUAUAUAACUGCACAUUAGGAUAUUUUUGGUAACAGUUUGUGUUGCAGGUCUGUAUUUUCUUUAUUAUUUCCUAAAAUGUUUGUUGACAAUGACACGAUAAUUUGGUACAUGUUGUAGGGAAACUAUAGACACAGCGUUGAGUUGUCUUUCAUUUCAAUCACUGUCGAUUAAUGGGUAUAACAUGUAGAGUCAUUGUCGGCGCACAGCAGGUCAGCUGGAUUUGCAAAUUUGACAUUUGUCUACAGGAAAGCAUGCAAUUUAACAAGUGAAGAAUACAGUUUACAGUAAUAAAUAUUUAUUAAUAAAUAAUAACUUUAAGCUUUGCUUUCAAGGGAAUUAGCUAUAACCCAAGUGAGUAGGUUUCAUUUCAACAUUCGUAGAUAAACAUAUGAAGCGGAAGACUGAGGGUUCGCCCCGGGACAUUUUAAACAUCAAACACUUAAUAUUCUGCAUUCAGGUAAAGUUUUAUGCACCAGUUUAUGGUGGCAUUGUUUUAAUUUAUGUAAAGAAAAACACAAAAUUCAGCCAAUACGUGAUGAUUCAAAAUAUAAAAUUGGCUAUCAUGGAAUAUAACCCAGUAAGGCUCUCAGACAUUCUGUAUUGCUUUCAAAUAGAUCAACUUUUCUCAUUUUAAUUAUCCCUGCUGAGUCAACAUGUGUAGGCAUAGUUUACUAUUCCAACCUCUUUUGUGUCCUUUGUUUGGGGAAGUAACCUCCAAAUGUGCAUGUGGCACCUGUUCACAUUAAAGAUAAAUUUAUUUUAAUUCAUUAUAAACCUUUGGACUUCAACAACAUGUGUUUCAGCAAGAUUUCUUCUCAUGUUCAAAACUUUCUGCACAUUUAAAACAUCUCCCAGACUCUCACUUAUCUGUGUUUAAGAAUUAUGUUAUGAUACUUUUGCGAAAAAAAAGUGGUCAUAUUACGUAAAUAUUAAUACAUGUAUAAUUUAAUGAGGAUAAAGUCAUAAUGUUUCAAGAAGGAAAACCGACUGACUCUACGGUCCGAUGUGCAUCAGGUUAUUGCUCUGCUGAUAUGGAAGUUUCCCUAUUAAAAUGUCUGACAGACAUAGGGCCACAUUUGGGACUCUGUCUGGAUGAGGCAAAUUGCAAGCAGCAGUGCACUGCUCUUCAUCAGAGCUGAAAUACCAAAACUAACUGAAAACACUUUUGAUCAGGAAUAAUAAGUGAUCAUCCCAUAUUAAAAAAUAAAAUUCACUGUCCCUUACUCAAUCAAUACGCGAUGCUGUAUGUCACAUAUUUCUGUGCACAGAGCUGUUAGAAUGAGGAUAAUGUGAACACAUCUGCUCAAACAUGUCCCUACUGUCCAUAUGCAACCCUUUGCCCUUGUUAUUGCCUUUUAAAAACUUCUUGCGACUAACUAAAAUAAGUGUCUCAGAGCAUUGUCUCUAUUUAUUCUAUAUUAAGUACCAAAUUAUAGUUCUUUCAAGGAAACUUCCUAGAAAAUGAUAAUAAAGAGGGACCAUUAUUUUGCCUUUGCACACAAACAGUCUCUCACUGGAAACUCUGCAGCAGACUGUGAAAAAAAAAACUCCAGUCGCUGGAUUAAGAUGUCAUUUAUCUUUUUCUUUGAAUGUAAUUUAAGAAGAAAUGUUAACAGCCUUCAUUGUCUUAUCUUGAAAAAUGUGUCUUAAAUAUGAACAAAUGUUAAAUAACUUAUUUGUAUUCUUUAUCUUGUCCUUGAUGUGUCUGGAGUGCUGCUGGUCUGCUGAAAUAUGAGAUACUUUUUUCCUGUGGUGCAAUAUAUCAAAUAAAUGGAAGGCACAUUGUUGUAGUCCA